AUGUUUUUAUCAGACGCAGUUAACUUUUUGGGUAUUACUAUUGUUGGUCAAAGCGAUAAAACAGGUUCAAGUGAUGGAGGAAUUUAUGUUAGUUCCAUAAUGAAAGGAGGUGUAGUUGCACAAGAUGGUCAUAUUGAACCAGGCGAUAUGAUUCUUCAAGUAAAUGAUAUUCGUUUUGAAGAAUUAUCAAAUGAUGAGGCUGUUAAAAUUCUACGUGAAGUUGCCAAAAAACUUGGACCAAUUAAAUUAGUUGUAGCCAAAUGUUGGGAUCCAACUCCACGAGGUUAUUUUACAUUACCUCGUCAUGAACAAGCACGUCCUGUUGAUCCAUUAUCAUGGCUUACACAUACACAAGCUGUACAAAAUACAUAUAAUAAUCCUCAACAAGAAAUCUUACUUCAUCAUCAACAAUCGUUACUUAAUUCAACAACAAAUACGAGUUCAACCACAUCAAGUAUAAAUAAUACAAUGGCUGAUAAUGAACGUUUUGGUCUUAAUCUUAAUUUAACAAUUAAUUCUGAUAUGGGUACUAUUGUACGAGCUGUGGCUGAACCUAAUUCAGGUUUAGAUAUACGUGAUAGAGAAUGGCUUAAAACAACAAUACCAAAAUCAUUUCUUGGUUCUGAUUUACUUAAUUGGUUAUUUGAAAAUGUCGAUGGAUUUGUUAAUCGAAAUGAUGCAAGAAACUAUGCCUCAUCUAUGCUUAAAGCAGGUAUUUUUCAAUUGACACUUGAUGAAAAACGUGACGAUUAUGAAUCUGUUUCUGAUCAAACAAGUACUAUUGAUUGUCGUAGUGAUGAUUCAUUAUCAACAACGAGACAAAAUACUGUUACAACAUUUGAUUUUGUCGAUAAAAAUAAUGCUCCAAAUUUAGAAACAUUUCGUCAAGACAUCUGUCAAAUGAUUCAAACAAGUACUGAUCCUGAAAAAUGUGCAACACGAUUACUUCAAGUGGAAUUACGUCGUGAACAACAAAUCGAAUUAUGUCAAAUAAUUCUUGAUCUUUGUAUUCAACGCCAAACAUAUGAACAGUUUUUAGCUUUACUUGGUCAAAAUUUGUGUUUCUCAAAAAAAGAAUAUGUUGAAUAUUUUGAGAAACUUUUUCAAGAUCAAUAUGAAACUGUUCAUCGUCUUGGACAUGCUCAAUUGAGAACUGUUGCCAAUUUUUUUGCACAGUUACUUAUUUCUAAUGCUAUUUCAUGGCGUGUACUUGAUUGUAUUCAUUUGAAUCAAGAAGAUAAAACAUCACCAUCAUGUAUUUAUGUGAAAAAUUUAUUGUCGGAAAUGGCAACACCGACACCUGAAGAAGUUGAUCGACAACUCGAUGAAUUUAUCGAUAAACUUGUCGAAGGCAAAGAUCAUUUGCCAACCAAACAACUUGAUGAGGCUUUUUGGAAAGAUCUAGAACGACAUCCAUUCUUUCUUAAAGAAAUGCCAGAAGAUGGUGCUGAACUUCAUCCCGCUACCGAAGCUGUACAAGCAUUGAAAUGGGACGAUGAAGAUGAUACACCUUUAGGUAGUAAAACUGUAUUUAAUAUAAACUAA